AAGCUUAGUACGCACCGGUGUUGUUAGAUGUCAGGAUGUCGUUGAUAACGCUACACGUGUUACGUUGCCAAGGUUUGAAAAAGUUGACUAUUCCGCUCAGAUCAGUAGCGACCGGUACUUUCGUUCAAUCGCAAACGUGUUCUUUGCUCCAGAAGCAAUUGAAGAGAAUGUCGUACACAACGGUGGAAAAGGGUGCAUUAAACACCACCGAUUACAGGCUUUAUUUCAGAAAUGAAACUGGCCCAAUUUCACCCAUGCAUGACAUUCCACUUUAUGCUGAUGAAGCUAAUAAAAUAAUGAACAUGGUUGUUGAGAUACCAAGGUGGACAAAUGCAAAGAUGGAGAUCAAUCUCAAAGAGACCUUAAAUCCUAUUAAACAGGAUGUUAAAAAGGGUAAAUUGAGAUAUGUGGCAAAUUGUUUCCCUCACCGUGGAUACAUAUGGAAUUAUGGUGCAUUGCCACAGACAUGGGAAAACCCUGAGGUAUUGGAUGAAUCUACUGGAUGCAAGGGGGACAAUGAUCCAAUUGAUGUGCUUGAAAUAGGAUAUAGGGUUGCAAAAAGAGGCGAAGUUUUGAAGGUAAAAGUUUUGGGCACUGUGGCACUUAUAGAUGAAGGUGAAACUGACUGGAAAAUAAUUGUUAUUGAUGUUAAUGAUCCUUUGGCAGAUCAAAUGAAUGAUGUAUCAGAUAUUGAAAAACAUUAUCCGGGUUUAAUGAAAGCUACCAUUGAAUGGUUCAAAAUUUACAAAAUACCAGAUGGUAAACCAGAGAAUCAGUUUGCAUUCAAUGGAGAAACAAAGUCAAGAGACUUUGCGUUACAUAUAAUAGAUGAAGUCCAUCAACAUUGGCAAAAUCUUAUUAAGCGUGAAGCGCCGGCGGGAGGAAUCGCAUGUACUAAUGCAACUGUAGCGGGCAGUCCGUUCAAAAUUACUCCAGAGGAUGCUGAAGAAAUGCUAGAAAAGGCUCCAGAAGCAUUAGAACCUGAACCAAUAGAUCCAAUUGUCGAUAAAUGGCAUUACGUACACCUUAAGUGAGAGUAAAAGGGGUAUUCUUACAGUACAUCUUUCGAUGGCUACAUACGUUUGCUUGUUUUAAUGGCACAUGGAGUACUGUGUAUUACUCCCACAAAUUGCUUCGUUAUAAGCUUUGAUACAUUCGAUAGUUAUAGAGAGUAAUUAAAUAUUACAGAACAUGUGCUUGCAGUACCGAAACAAGCAACAUCUUAUGCACGAUGAAACGUAACAGCACAAUGUGCACUAUUUAUUUUAUAUAGUUCUAUGAAGAGAAAAAACAUUAACUUUAAAAUAUGUUCCUUUUUCUUUAAUAUGAUUUAUUAAUAUAUCCUUGUUACUGUACUGUACAUGCAUCACAGUAAUGGAAUAGAAACUAAACAUACUCCUUUCCAAGGUUGUGAUACAAUUUUCCAUAAAUAACCAGGUAAAGCUUAUUGUAGAUGAAAGUAAACUUAUUUUUUUUUCCAGUAUUUGUUAUUUUACAAAUAUGUAAUACAAUAAAUUAGUUUGCGUUCUCAA